GUUGUAUUGGUGGGGGUGACACAGAAAGCUGGUUCCCAGAGACAAGCUUGUCUAUCUGCUGAAGUUGAAUGAUAAAGUUAGCAUCUCGUCAGAAUUCCCUGAAAUCUAAACUUUUAUGAAUUUCGGGAGAUUUGGCUAUGAAUGAUUCAGUUGCACAUGAAAAGAGCACUGAGUGAGGUCAUCUGAUCUCAAGAAUACCAUCAAAAGGUGUGUGAAAUUCAUAUUUCUAAGCGUGUCCAAUACAAAUAGCCAUGGAAGGAAAUCAACAAACGACUUUUGUUAAAAUCAGUGAAGACAAAUGUAUUUCAAAGUCUGAACUGUUAAUGCUUCUAAAAACCUACAACUGCUACCAAGAAGGGAAAAGUUUCCAGUUAAGACACCGAGAGUUUGACAACCCUGUUCAAGAAGGGAGGGAGACAGAAAGCAGGAAACAAAAGGAUGAAGCACAGCUGAUCAUCGAGGGCCUUUUGAAUAUAUCCUGGGGACUGAGAAGACCAAUAAGACUUCAGAUGCACGAUGAUAAUGAACGUAUGUGUUUCUCAGGCUCCAAACUGCUACGAUCAGGACUGCAGACCGGCUUGUGCAAGAAAGGAACACCUCAGACCUUGGCAAAUAACAGCUCACCCGAAGCUGCAAAAGAAUCAACAAGUAAGGAUGACCUGCCACAAAAUAUGAGUAGCAGCAGCAUUGCAGACUCUGAAACCAACAAUUCAGAAGAUGAAGUUCCACAGCUCAUGCGAACAAAAAGUGAUGCCAGCUCUUUGAUACAGCGCAGAUCAAAAUGUCGCACGCUGGGUGAAAAUCAACGCAUUAAACGACACAGGUUCUCCAUCAAUGGGCAUUUUUACAAUCACAAGACUUCUGUGUUUACACCUGCUUAUGGGUCUGUAACCAAUGUCCGAGUAAAUAGCAGCAUGAACACUUCACAAGUUCUGAAUUUACUGCUCAACAAAUUUAGGGUGGAAAAUACUGCAGAUGAAUUUGCUCUGUAUGUUGUCCAUGAAAGUGGAGAAAGAAGCAAAUUAAAAGAUUCAGAAUACCCACUUAUAUCCCGGAUUUUGCAUGGCCCCUGUGAAAAGAUAGCACGAAUAUUCUUGAUGGAGAAGGAUCUCGGUGAAGAGGUUACCUAUGAUGUUGCUCAGUAUAUUAAGUUUGAAAUGCCAGUCCUUGAUAGUUUUGUUGAAAAACUGAAAGAAGAGGAAGAAAGGGAGAUUAACAAACUAACCCUAAAAUACAGUGCACUGAAAUCCAUGAUACAUCAGCAGUUGGAAGACCUCACAGAGACCGAAGACUAUAUUUGAACUUUCUGCAUCUUUAAAAACACUGAAGCACUAGGAAUCUAGUUUGGACAAGAUCUUCUAAACACUGGACCUAAAGCAAAAGUUUUGUUAUACAUAUUCAAUUUGUUUAAAAUUACAUUGUCCUUUUACCAUGAGUUUUGUCAAAAUGAGAUUUUUGUUUGUUAACAUGAAAAGUUUUUUUUAUUAAACUCUCUUUAAAUUACUAUUUUAGUAAUGUGUGACACUUCUGAAAGUUCAACUUUUAUAUUUUAAAUACAGACUUAAUUUUCAUUUGUUAAACCUAUUUAUAAUUUGACCAAAGCAAGGCUUUACAAGUGUGAAUAUAUAUUGCAAAAGAAGUCUUUUUUUCAGGAUGUGAACUGCUGAUAUGAAUUAUUAUAUUUCCAUUUCUUAGGUAAUAUAUAGGUUUCAUUUAGUCUGUGUCAAGCCUCACAUACAUUGGGACAAAGAUACAGUGGCCCUGCCUCCAAGUGACAGUAAAAAUUACAUAAAAACAACAUGUUGCAGAUGCUGUAAAUCUAAAUUAAAAGCAUAAAAUGCUGGAGAAAUCUAGCUGAUCCUGUAGCAUUUGUCGAGAGAGAAACAGAGUUUUGAGUUGGAUUUAAUUCUUCUGUGAGAAAACAUCAUUGCGCUAUUGCUGUUUCGACAGAUGCUGCAGACCUACUGACUCCCUCCCAAUAGUAAAAAAUAACUAUCUUACAAUUGAUACAUCUUUUUCUACAACUUGUACUUUUUCAAUUACUCAUUGUUGCAUAAUAA